AUGACAUCUGCUCGAAUCGUUUUGACUUCUUCUUGGAGAUUUUUUCCAAAGUCAAGAUCCAAAAUCGAAUCAUCUUUUAAAGAAAUUGGUAUUGAUUCCUUAUUAGGAUGGACUAGUGAUCGAGGUAAAACAAGAGUAGAUGAAAUCUAUCAUUGGAUGGAAGCUUUUGAUAAUAAAACCACUCAACAACACAUUAUUAUUAAGAAAUGGAUUGCCAUUGACGAUAUGGAUUUAUUCCAACUUGAUAAAAAUCGAAUGCAAGACCAUUUUGUAAUGACUACAACAUUGCAUGGAAUUACAGAAGAAACAAUCAAAGAAGCAGUUAUGUUACUUUCGUAA